AUGUCACCCUAUAGAUUGGUAUUCGGGAAGCUGUGUCACCUUCCAGUGGAAUUUGAGUACAAGGCCUUUUGGACGAUAAAGCAGUGCAACAUGAAGAUAGAGGAGGCCGGUGCCCAUCGGAAGUUGGACUUGCAGGAAUUGGAGGAGAUCCGGAAUGAAGCGUAUGAGAAUACAUUGAUCUACAAGGAGAGGAGUAAGGUGUUCCACGACCAAAAAAUCUCUAGGAAGACCUUUGUAGUUGGUCAGAAGGUUUUCCUACACCAAUCCAAGUUCAAAUUAUUCCCAGUGGAAAUCCAAAAUACUAAGACAAACAAGAAGUUUGUGGUAAAUGGGUAUCGUCUCAAAACACUAUUACGAGGGUUUUGCAGAUAG